GAGGAAUGCUAAGGGUGGGUCUUGAGCGAGGUGGGUGAAGCUGCUAACAGUAUAUAAACACAAACAUCAUGACAUGAAUACAGCUUUGACUCGACCCGAGCCACAUCUGCACAGCUCCACCAGACAACACAAGCUAAUAGUUCAGCGGCCAUGGCAGAUGAAAGCUUUAAGAAGGAGUUUCUGGAGACCCACAACGAGUACAGAAGAAAACAUCAAGCCCCAGAUCUGAUACUGAGCGAUACACUGUGUGCUUCAGCUCAACUGUGGGCAGAUCAUAUUUUCAAAGUGAAGCGCUUGGAACACAGUGCAACUGAAAACGGAGAAAAUAUAUUUUUCGUUUCCAGCUCCGAACCAAAGAAGUUGACAGGUAAAGAGCCUGUAGAGCACUGGUAUAGUGAGAUUAAAGAUUACAACUUCGAAAAAUCUGGAUAUCAAGAAAAUACAGGACACUUUACCCAAGUUGUGUGGAAAUCUACUAAAGAGAUCGGAGUAGGACUGGCUACCGAUGGACGCGAAUUUUGUGUUGUUGGUGAAUACAGUCCUUCCGGAAACAUAACCAACUCUGGAUACUAUGAGGAAAAUGUACGAUGUGCAUCUGAAUAAUACUUGUUCUCUUUUCAUUGCAUUCACAUUUCCACGAAGAUAUAAUACACUGUGAAAUGUGUUCUACUAAUUUAUUCAACAAUCUUUAAAUGAAGAUCUGCAUUAUGAUUACAUGUGCAUGUAUGUAUAAUCUAGUUAAAAUGAUAAACAUAAAUCAUGACAUUAGACUAAUGAAAAGUCAUUGAUUUUUUUUCAGUUCUGUAUUCAUCAUUGAAAUCACUAAUAAAUCUGUCCAUUGCUUAACUGAAUGCAAAUAAAAAAAAAGGAAAAUA